CCUGUCCUCAGAAACCAAGAGGAACAAAUGAUUUAAUGAUUUAAAUAAUCCUGUGGAAAGCCUCCCAGGGGUGGGCCAGUCCCUAGCUUGCCUGAAUCUGGCUCCGGAGGCUCAGGCCCUCCCCCAGCAUUGGGAACCCCGCACCAUCCCCCGUUCCUACACUUGCCCCCCACCCCUAGCCUGCUCCUUCACCCUCACCUUCCUACUGGGCAUGGAAAGUGAGCUGGUGGUGGUGGGAAAGUGGGGGGCCAGGGCUACAUGGGGGCUACCCAGCUGCUCCUGGGGCCGGGCACCGUGGGCUGAGGCUGGACUCGGGGCCGUGGUGCAGCCCCAGCUGCAGGAGCAGCCACGCCACAACCCCCGAUAAGCUAAGGGGAUUUUCUACAGAAAUUCUGUUAUAGAAUUGGCUGAAGUUCAUCCUAAAUUUGCUCUUAAUCUGGUCUGGGCCUGCACUCCCCGUCCUACAGGUGGAAGUCAUGUAUAAGCGAGGGCAAACAGCAUCUGUCAACACAGCAGCAAAUCCCAAGAAGAAAUGCUGCCCCACGUUCAAAGAAGAAUGGCUGAAUGAAAUAGUGGAAACAGAAUCGCAACAAUCUGAAGGCAAGAUGUGUGUACCAAUGGGGGACAUAUUUCAGUACAGUGCUGAUGUGGGCUUGAUCUGCAAAAUGUGUACCGAAGCUAGAAUAUCCAGCGACUUCUCUACAGGCAAGCAAGGGGAAUGGCCAUUGGACUACAUGAAGAGGCAUUUAUCAAGCAAAAGUCAUGAAUCUGCUGUACAUAUUCUUAGAAGCAGAAAUUCUGAUCCACUGGGAUGUGACUUGCAAAGUAUGCUAUUAGAAACCACGAAUGAGAAACAGAGGAGACUGGAAUUGCAGGAAAGACAACAUUCUGAGCUCGAAGAAAUAAAAAUUCUCAUAGAUAAUGUUCUGCUUGCAGUACAAAUGAACAGCUCCAUAAACUCUGUGCAAAAUAUAAAUGACCACAUGGUAAAAUAUCGGCAUAUACCGGUGAGCUUGUGUAGCAAGAACUAUGCUUUUGAGUUUUUAGAGUCAAUCAACAGUGUUGUCCAUGCAGAAAUCAUGUCAGCUAUUCGCCUAGCUUCCUAUCACACACUUAUUAUUGAUGAAAGCACAGGUAUUUCCGUUACCAAGUUGCUUAUAAUUUACUUUAAGUUCAGAGAUGCAGCAUGUACAACACAUAAGACAGUGUUUGGUGGAAUUAUUAAAUUAUCUGCCUGUGAUGCACAAGCUAUUACAGCUGCUAUCAAAGACUUCUACACGCUGAAUACGCUGGAUAUGAUGAAAAUGGUGAUGUUCACUUCAGAUGGUGCUUCAGUCAUGCUAGGGAAAAACAAUGGUGUUGCCGCACAACUCAAGCAGUGUGUCCCACAUUUAACAGAACUACACUGCGUGGCCCACCGAGAAGACCUGGGUUUAGUUGAUGCGUGGAACCAAGUGCCAAGGAUGAAGACAAUAGAGACCCUUUUGAAGACCAUUUAUACAGUCUUUUGCAGGUCCUCAAUCCAAAAGGGACAAUUUGAGGAAAUGGCCAAUGUCACAGAAAACGAGACUAUAUCAUUUAAACCUCUAAAUGAAGUAAGGUGGCUAUCUAAACAUUUUGCUGUAAGUGCUUUGAUGCGUAAUUAUGAGCCCCUUCUUAAAUAUUUUGAACAAGAAGUCUCAGAAAAUGAUGACCCAAUUGCAAAGUACUGCCUGAAGAAGCUCUCUGACACUAAUUACCAUAUCACAUUAGCUGUAUUAAAUAAUGUAUUACACGAGCUAGCAGAACUGACCAAAUGCUUUCAGAAGGGCUCUUUAACAACAUUUGGAGCUGUACAGUUAGCAAGGGCCCAGAUCCGGAAGAUGAGAGGGCAGUAUCUCGGAGAAACAGUCUCUUGGAGCAACAGUGUGAAAAGUCUAAUUGCAUCAAGCACCACAGAUGAGAAAUUCAAGAGCGAACCUAUUCUAAGCUUCAUCUCCCAACUGUGUGAUCAUCUGAAUAAGAGGUUUCCAGAGAAUGAACUAAAUGAAUGGGAAGCUUUUGACUUUGCCUCACUUUCAUCACAUCCAGUCAGGUGUGAAUUUGGCAUUGAAAACGUUAGCAAGCUAGUUGACAAAUACAGGAACGUUUUGGACCUUAGUCAAAUGAAGUCAUCUGCCCAAAAGACCAUGGAGGAGGAGAAGGAGUUCGUUGUGAACCAGUACAAUGGCUACAAAUCCAUAAUUGCAGAGAAACAUGAAGCAAAGAUGAUGACAAACUUCCAGGAAAUGGUGACUUUCACACUACAGAAUGCAGAGCAAUUCAGUGUUGUUUCACAGCUGGUGGAUAUAUGUGCAACGUUUCAAGCUUCCAGCGCUGAUUGUGAGCGUGGCUUCAGUCUCAUGAAUAACAUCAAAACUAAAUUACAAAACAGAUUGAAAGAAGAACACCUAGAUAUGCUAAUGAGGAUCAAAUUUCACACAUCAAGUGGUGGAGAAGUAAACCUGGACUCUGUGUAUGAACACUGGAAGAAUUGUAAAGGCAGAAGAGAAAAGGUUCAUCCUGAUGACUAGAAGCAAGCAACUCCCCCAUCAUCUAGCCUGGCAGUGUCAGCUAGUGGCGGUGGGUCUCAUUCCUAUCACUGUGAUUAGUGGUCUCCUAAAUAAACAAAGGAAUCUCUUGUGUCAAAACAAAAUGUUUAAUUUUAUGUUUCACAAGUCACAACAACAAAAGCGACCACUUACACACUUUUGCAUAUAUAAAGAUGCUAAAGUUUUUUUUGUCAAGCAGAGAUAUAAUCUUUAAUUUCAAGCAUUAACUGUAAUAACGUUUUCAUUUCAUAUGUCAGUACUAAUGAUAACAGAUUUUGUUUGCUAUGUCAAGAAAAUGGACAGUUUUGUUUUAUGCCUGCAAAGGAACAGAUACAUGUAAGAUACCAAAUGCCUACUGAACAUUUUGCAGUAUUAAUUUUCAUUUGAUUUCAUAUUAAAUAAACAUUUAAAGUCA